CCUAAGUGUGGUUUUAAUAGGGGCAAACUAUGGUUAAGACUUGAAAAGAAUGAGUCCUCCUACAAACAGCAUUAGAUUCGAUUCUAUUAUCUAUAUCACACUAACAAACACAUCCUUAAAGUCUCUCUCCUAACUCUAAAGUCUCUGGUCUCUGGUCUCUAUUUACAGCAUUGAAGCCUUUGGAUCUGCUUAGCUACGCGUUUUCACUUCUCAAGGUGUCGACCGUACAAAUGGAGGUGAUCGCUAACCAGGCUUUGCUAACGUGCGCUAGGGACACUCUAUCCACUUUGCUGACCUCGAUUGCUGUUGUGGUCAAUGCUGAGUUUCAGGAUUCCAUGGCACUGUUGAUGACAAACGGACCCAAAGGUGAAGGAGAACAUCACGGCAAAAGCCAAUCAGAAUUGGUUGAUGUCGAGGGAGAAGCUGGGCGAUCCGAAUUGGAUGAUGUCGAGGGAGAAGAUGGAGAUGAAAAUGCCAAUGAUAUUGCUGAUGGCGGGGAGGACGGUGGCCUUGGAGGAGGCGAAGAGGACCCAUCUUCUGAAGAGGCAGGAGGGUACGGCAACAAUCCCAACAUCAAUGGCAAUGCCAAGAAUGAACCUGAAGGAGGAGCUGGUGGAGCAGGUGAAGAGAAUGGAGAGGACAAAGAUGAUGAUGAGGGCCAGAAUGACGAAGAUGACAAAGAAGAUAACCACAAUGAGGAAGAAAAUGAUGAUGAUGACGAUGAGGAGGAGGAGGAGGAUGGUGAGGAUGUGGAUGAGGAAGAAGUUCAAGAAGAAGAAGAACCAGAGGAUGAUGAGGAAGAGGAUGAAGACGAGGCAUCCCUUCAGCCUCCUAAGAAGAGGAAGAAGUGAAACUACGAUGCUGGUGUUGCCUGUUUGAGUACUUAAAACUCUGAACUUAGGUCUUUGAACUAUCUAAUCUUAUUUAGCUUAUGAGGGGUAACCAGUUUUAUUGUCUUUCAUUUGCAUGUUCUAGAGAACUUUUAAGAACAUUAGUUGGCAAUUUGAGCAAGUAAAAAUUUCAAUUUCCUCACUUUCAUUCUGAAUGAUCACAAGUUCUCUUUUUCUUUACUUGUUCCUUUUCUUCUGGGUAUUGGAAUCUAAUUUUAAC